AUGGUCAAGGAUUUUGUUAGAUCAUUGAUCACUCCAAUCGACUUGCUCAAUGCAAUGCCACAAUUGUCCAAGAUGUAUGAUAGACUACCUGAUAAUGAUCCAACACGACUACGUAAAUUGAGUAAAUUAACAGAGAGAUUCUUAUAUGUCACUGACCAAGAUCAUAAGUUGGAGGAUGUUUGGCGCUUGCAUCAACAAUCCAUCAAUGUUACAAAACUCUCUACACUGCCCAACAUCACAAUAACAUCUUGUGACUUGGCAUUGGCUAUACUCCGUUUUGCAGCCUUUGACAUUGACUCGAGAAGCAGAACAAAUACAUCCUAUGCAUUCCUACUCGAUCGUGAGUUUGUUGAACUGUUGUUGUCCCAGUCCCAGGCCAAACAACAACAACUACAACAACAACAACAACAAUCAACGAUGUUGCUGGAUCAACUUGCACUUGGAUAUGGACUUGCUCAACUCAGAGGAGCAUUGAUCGACGUUAUCAACUAUUUUGUGCCGUCAUCAUCAUCAUUCAGCAUCCAUUUUUAUCCAGCAACAUCGAACGUGUUCGACAUGCCAAACUACAGUCGUCAACUCAUUCAUAAGUGCUUUGGCAAGGAUCGUGUGCAACUUGUGUUGGAGCAAUGGUUCCUCACCUCGAUGGACAACAUCAAGGGCGAGUACAAUAGCAACACUGCGGCCUUGUGUAUGCUUCACCUUGUACUCAUUGAGGAUAAGACACAAGAUAAUCUAUUGGCCAAUCACAAACAGAUUGUAUUCGACUUCAUCAUUUCAACCUGUACUCACCUGGAGCAACACAUUAAGUUGCUUGAACAAAUGGACAAUAGUGCACAUUUGGAUGACCUGCGCGAUGUACUUGAUGUCAUAUUGGAUGAAGCAAUGGACAAUGACAAUCAACAACGUAUCAUUGGAUUGUUCACUAUGUCCAAUGAUCCACGACACCUCAACAUCCUAUUCAACAUCUUCCAUCAACGUAUACAUCGGCUAAAGAACUUCAAGCCACUCUUCCCCACCCUAACCUUUACAAACAAGAGCAGAAUGAUAAAGGCCAUGGGACCAUCAUUCCAAAUUAAUCAUGGCAGAGCUUGGCUAUACUUGAUGGAAUGA